AUGAUCCUUAUAUGUUAGAACAAUCACUAACUGAUAUUGAAUUUCAUCCAUUUUUAAUAAAAAUUGACAAAUAUAAUAUAUAUAUAACUGCUUUGGGAUGUCCUAGUACCGGUAAUGCUGAUGAAGUCGAGGCUGGAGUUGGAUACAUAGCAAUGUUUACUGAAAUUUAUCAAAAUGGUGUUUCUAAAUAUCAUUAUACUGGUAUGACCCCAAAUGAAGUUUGUUCAAGUACAAUAAUUGAAUUUCAUAAUUCUAUAGCAUUACUUUAUCCUCAGCAAUAUAUUUUUAAAGACCGUGAACUUCGAGCAUGGAGAGCACUAUUUAAAGCAGCCGGUUGUCAUGAAAUAACUCUAUUCACAAAUAAUAAAUCUAAGGAAUGCUUCAAAAAUGUGUAUAAUGCAAACAAAAAAGGACAAGAUGGACGUACUCGAAUUCUAUCAAUAAUUGCAAAAGAGUUUACCUAUGCUGAGUUGGAAAAAAAACUUGGUGUUA